AUGACUGCUGGGGGGAAGAGCCGACAUCCUGGGCCAUGCCUACUGGCGCUCGCCAUCUUUCUGCUAGUUUUUACUGAGCGUUUAGUGGAAACAACCUCUGGAUAUGACCCCUAUAAAGUCCUGGGUGUCAGCAGGAGUGCGAGCCAAGCAGACGUCAAAAAGGCAUAUAAGAACCUUGCCAAAGAAUGGCAUCCAGAUAAGAAUAAAGACCCAAGUGCUGAAGAUAUGUUCAUCAAGGUUUCAAAGUCAUAUGAGAUUUUGUCUAAUGAAGAGCGAAGGGCCAACUUUGAUCGCUAUGGGCAGAUAGAAGAAAACGAGCCCUUUGGCCAGUCACAGCAUCAACGUUUCCGCAACUUCCAAAACAGCUUCUACUUUGAUGAGUCUUUCUUUCAUUUCUCCAGGUCCAGGGACUUUGCAGACAGCAAGUACUUGCUUCACCACGCUCAGUUUAACAGCGACAUUCUUCCAGACACCCACAAGAGGCCGUACCUCAUCAAAGUGACCUCAGAGUGGUGCUUUGCCUGCAUCCACAUGGAACCUGUGUGGAAAGAGACUGUGCAGGAACUCGAGCCACUGGGUGUGGGGAUUGGCAUUGUGGACCUGGGUUAUGAACGUCGUCUGGCAAACCAGUUGGGAGCUCACCGCGCUCCCUCCAUCAUCGGACUGGUGAACGGUAAAGUGACGUUCUUCCAUCAGGCCAUCAUUCGAGAACACCUGCGACAGUUCGUCGAAGAUCUUCUUCCCCAGAAACUGGUGAAAAAGAUCACUGACGACAACUACAAGCAUUUUCUGGACAGCUGGCAUGUUGAAAAUAAGCCCAGCGUUCUUUUGUUUGACCAGGACUCUAAUGUUCCCAUUGUCUACAAGUUAACAGCAUUUGCCUUCAGAGACUAUGUUCAUUUCGGUUACAUAGACCAGGGCGACACACACAACAUUCAGCUUCUGCGGCAGUUCAACAUAAAUUCAUACGCCCCCAUCAUGCUGCUGUUUAAAGAGGACACCGAAAAGCCAGUGGACAUCAUCCAGGCUACAGGAAUGAAGUGGCAGAUCAUGCAUGAGUUUGUCUCCAACAACAAGUUCCUGCAAGUCCCCCGACUGGUCAACCAGCAGCUGUUUGAUGAGCUGUGUCCUGUCAAGCAGUUUCACAGACGGAGGAAGUAUUGCGUGCUGCUGAUCACCAGCGAAGACAAAGCUUUUCUUCCUCGAAAUAAGGCCUUCCUGGACUUUGCCACGUUUAACAACAAAGAGGUGCUACGGUUUGCGUACGUCUACCAGCAUCAGCAGCAGCCUCUCUGCCAGGCUCUGCUUCCCAACCAGGCUGUAAUCUCCCCUCAGGUGUUUAUUCUUGAGAGGCGAAGCCCAGCUGGCAAGGUGCUGUACCGCUCUGUGAUUGGUGGGUGGAAUGGCAGCGAAGAAGACAAGUACCGCCUCCUUGAGCAUCUGGAGCUCCUUCAGAAGGACCCCACCUAUCUGACCUCGGAUGCCAUGUUGCCAGAACUCAACAAUGAGAUGGCCCCUAUUUUCCUAAUUCAGUGGAUUAACACUGCUUGUGAUUACAUCCAUCAAAUUUACGAUGACCUUCUCUACUCAAACUGGCGAGAGAUGAUGCCUAUCCUGUCGUUGAUCUUCUCAGCUCUUUUUAUUCUUUUUGGGACAGUCAUCAUACAGGCCUUCAGCGAACCAGGUGAGACGAAACCCCGGAAACCAACACCAAAAGAGCAACCUCAAACUGAAGAUGAUGUUACCAUUACAAGCCGCCCGCCCAAGAAGGAUUUUGUGGAGGUGACGGAGCUGACAGACGUCACGUACACCAGUAACUUGGUCAAACUGCGCCCAGGGCACAUCAACGUUGUUCUGGUGCUCACCAACGCCUCUAAUAACGCCUUGCUGCGCAAAUUUGCCAAGGAGGUCUUUUCUUUUUCUGGGACUCAGACUAUCCACUUCUCCUUCCUCAAUGCUGAUAAGCAUCGCCACUGGAUGCCCUCACUCCUCCGCUCGUGCUCAGGCACAUCACGCAGCGUGAGUCAUUCCGACGAUGAUGAGGAUUCUUCAGACUACCAUGGCCAUGUCUUGGCCCUGAAUGGCUACAAGAAAUACUUUUGCCACUUUAGACCCGUCUUCACCGGGGACGAUCUGAGCGAUGCAUCGUCCGUCUCGAUGUUCUCUUCUGAGAGUGGGAGAAAGUCCCGAUCCAGGUCUCGGUCUAGCUCAAACUCUCCAUCCCGAUCCCAUUCCAGAGAGGAUGGGGCUAGGUCCAAGAGAGGCCCCAGUAGGGCCACAAGCAUAGAGGUACACCACAAGCUUGACCGCCUGGGACUGUGGAUGGAAAGGCUAAUGGAGGGUACGCUGCCUAGAUGGCAGGUCCCUUCGUGGCCUUCCCUCCAUGCUGCUGAGAAUAUCCCCACAGAGAGCUGAGCUCGGCGUAACCAAGGUAGUGCUCACCCUUUGUGCUCUUGCUUUCGUUUCAAGUUUACUGCAGAACAGUCUACCAUUUGUGAAAUUACUAUUUAAGAUUUAUUUGCUCCUCUCCAGAGCUGGCGUGGUGGUCAUUUGUUGGUUCCCAACAUUUGGGAUGCUUUCAUAUUAAUAGCGCAAUACUGACCUGUAUGUUUUUUGUUUUUUUUUGUUUCUUUCUUUGUUGUUGUUUUUUUUGUGGCGCACCAGGCACAGGAAGUCAAUUGCCCAAUUAGUGGAAGAAGUGAAAAACCUCCUGCUACUAUGGCAAGUGGUAUGAGCAUUUAUUCCAUAUCCGAUUACAGCACUCUCUGUCCUCAUUAGUAAGACAAUGGAGCACACUAAUAGAACAACUCAUGCCACUAGUGAGACAAAACUGGGCACUUGUUGACAACUGCAUGCUACCAGUACUACUAUCCAUCCAUCCAUCCAUCCAUUUUCCACACCAUUAUCCUCAUUAGGGUCGCGGGCAUGCUGGAACCUAUCCCAGCUGACUCUGCAAGAGGCGUGGUACACCCUUAACUGGUCGCCUGCUAAUCACAGGACACACAUAGACAAGCAACCAUUCACACUCACAUUCACUCCUACGGGCAAUUUAGAGUCUUCAAUCAACCUACCACGCAUGUUUUUGGGAUGUGGGAGGAAACCGGAGUGCCCGGAGAAAACCCACGCAGGCACGGGGAGAACAUGCAAACUCCACCCUGGCGGGGCCGGGGAUUGAACCCCGGUCCUCAGAACUGUGAGGGAGACGCUCUAACCAGUCGUCCUAGUAGAAGACAGUUUUAGAAAAAAAAGUCACUACUAAGACCUAGUCAUUCUACUAGUGCAUUCUAGUCAUUGUGUGCAAUUCUCUUACCAGUGAGGACAAAGAGUAUUAGUACAUGGACUAUUCAGUGCACUAGUACAAUAUAGAAUAAAUGCUCAAGCGGCUUUCUAUGUACCACCAGAUGUGAUGUGUUUUACUUCUUUCAAGUCAUAUACAGGUACUAAUGCCACAUCUGAACGGCCUUUGACACAAGUGCAUUGGAUUUAUUGAUUAUGACAGCUAUCACAUUGUUAAUCGUGUAUGUUAAUGAACUAGAUGUGGUUAAACAUGCUUGAAGGUAAAUUCAAAAUCUGAUCUGCAUGACACCUCUUCAUGAGUGAAAGAGAGGCAGGCACAGCUGAUAGAAGGAAUUAAACUAGUUGACAUUUUGAAGCCUGAACCUUAAAUCCAGUCGAUAUUUUUUUUUUUGUAUUCCAAAUGCAUGAAAUAUGGAGGUCGACUACCACAAAUAAGCAUUUAGUGAGCUUGCACUGGCAACUUGUAGUUUUACCUUCAUCUUUUUUAAUUAUAUAAUGAAAUGAAACCAUUUAGUGCUGAAGAAAUAGUAGUCUUUUAUGGAAUUUGAUGAUAUUCAACUUUAAGAGAUUGUGUUUUAAAAGUUUAUUAAAGUACAAUAUGCGCA